AUCUGAGAUCUGAUUCUUUAGUUCAUGAUUAAACCCGUCUUGUCUUCUUUGGGCCGGUCUGAAGUGUUCUGAUAUCAGUAUUACAGCAAACCACACGCCCAGACGAUCACAUGUUCUUUACACUGAACCAGCACCAUAAACCCUGCAGCGAUAAGACAUAUAAAGCGUAGCUGAGAACAAGCCAAAGAAACACUUCGGUUCUGAGGGUCAAGAUGGACGCACUGAGCGUGAUUCUUCUCUUCGGCUCGGCUCUCGGAGUUUAUGUGGUUUGUUCUCUUUAUUUUCUGCGCAAUCCAUUGAUUCUUCAUAAGAAGAAACGGCUGGAGUUCUACUGCAGACACGUCUCACACCGAGGAGGAUCUGGAGAGAAGAUAGAAAACACAAUGGAAGCGUUCACAAAUGCCGUGUCUGUGGGCACUGAGAUGCUGGAGAUGGACUGUCAUCUCACAUCAGACGGCUGUGUGGUGGUUUCACACGAUAACAACCUUCUGAGACAAACCGGAUACGACAAAACCGUGUCGUCUCUGAGGUUUCAGGACUUACCUCUCUAUGAAGAGCGACUCGAGGUCACGUUUUAUGUUGGACACUUCAGCACCGGGAAGGACAGAAAGUUUGUGUUACUGGAAGAUCUCUUCAAGAACUUUCCCAGCAUGCCAAUGAUGCUUGAGAUCAAAGAAAACAAUGACUUGCUCAUCAAAAAGGUCUCUAAUCUGGUGAAGGAGUAUCGCAGAGAGAGUAUUACAGUAUGGGCUUCUGAAGAGUCUGGAGUUAUGGAGAAAUGUAAUAAGCAGAACCCGUCCAUGCCCUACAUGUUCACCACGAGGCGAGGAAUACUGCUUCUGCUGCUCUUCUACACCGGACUUCUUCCUUUUGUUCCUCUGAGGGAAAGUCUGCUGCUCUUUUACCUGCCCAGCGUUAUCAACAGGACGUAUAUUCCAGAAGAAGCGAUCCUGAAGAACAGAUUUGUGGUGUCUCUGCUGCAGAAGUUGACCAUGAGGAAGUCGUUGUUUGAACACCUGAUCAAGAGAGGCUUGCAGGUGCAGCUGUUCGUGUGUAACGAGGAGAAGGAUAUGGAAGCAGCGUUCUCGGUCGGAGCGACGGGAGUUAUGACCGAUUACCCCACGCUCCUCACCAACUACAUCAGAAAACACCCACCUCCUGCUGUCUAUUAGCUCCGCUCCAAUAACACACACUACUAACUACACGUCAACUAACUAGUACACCGUCAGGUUAGGGUUAGUACUAAUACUCUAAUGACUGCUAGUUGACACGUAGUUAGCGGAGCUGAAUUAUAGUGUGUCGUGGAAUCAGAUCAAUUCUUUCAAGUAACUAAAGUAAUGCAUUACUAUUAAAUUUACAACAUAAUAAACAAAUAAAGUAAUAUCAGUUUCUUUGUUUCUCAGGCAUUGAUGGACAGCUCUUGGGUUGCCAUGUUGAGAGAAAUCAGUCAUUUAUAGCUCUUUCGGUGUGAAACACCUUUUACAGCUGCCAAAAAUAUACUUUUUGUUUUUUUGUUAGUAAAAACUAACAAGUAACCCCAGCUCAGGUGACCUGACGUGAUACGAAAUUUACACUAUUAUUUUUUUCAUGGAGCAGCACAAUACUGUAAUGCAUUAUUCUUUAACAGUGGUUAUAGUUAAUAGAAUAUCUGAAGUGAACUACUAAAAAAACAUGUUACAGACAA